AUGGCUUCAAGUGGUUUCUCAGCACCUUUACCCUCAGUAUUUACAGGUGAAAAUUAUGAUUUUUGGGUAGCAAAAAAGAAGGCUUACCUGAAGGCAUGCGACCUGUGGGAGAUAACUGAAACUGGAAGUGAACCACUAACACUUAAAGCAAAUCCAACAAUUGCUCAACUUAAGCAACAUAGUGAAGAAGUUUCUAAGAAGUUUAAGGCUCUCUCAUGCAUCCAAUCUAUUGUUUCUGACGCCAUCUUCACAAGGAUAAUCACUUGUGAAAUUGCCAAGGAAACCUGGGACAGUUUGGAGGAGGAAUCCAGGGGCAAUGCAAGAACACAACAAAUGCAAGUGUUAAACCUGAGGAGGGAGUAUGAAACAUUGAAGAUGAAAGACUCAAAAUCAAUUAAGGAGUAUGCUUAUAGGCUGUUGAAGGUUGUAAAUCAAAUAAGGCUGCUGGGAGAUGAUUUUCCUGACAGAAGAAUUGUGGAGAAAGUGUUGAUCAGCCUGCCUAAAAAAUUUAAGGCAAAGAUUUCAUCUCUUAAGGAUUCAAGAGACUUGUCCACCAUCACCUUAUCAGAAUUGGUGAAUGCUUUGUAG